AUGUACAUGCUGGAGAGAAGCAUCAUUCCUAAAAAGAAGAUUUUCUGGGACAAGUUAAUCAUGCGAUAUAGUGCCCUGACAAUGGAAUUUAUAGUGGACAUGUCCAUGAACCAUAUGGAGGUGAUCAGCAUCUUCUCUCAGCAGCGCUUCCAUCAUGGGGUGGAUUACCUGAUGUGCACUGAUGUGGGCAUGAUCUUCUGGGACCAUGUCGGGGUGGAGAUCCUGACCACACUCUUUGGCACUCUGCACCCUAGUUUCUAUGCAGCCCUCCAUGAGGCCUUAAUCUAUCAGCAUCGGUGGAUGUCCCAGGCAUAUAUCCCCUGGGACGGGGCUGAUUCCUACUACAUUGGAGCCUUCCUUGGGGGAUCAGUGGCUGAGGUGCAGCAGCUCACCAGUGCUUGUCACCAGGCCAUUGUGAUUGACAAGACCACUAGCAUCGAGGCUGUGUGGCAUGAUGAGAGCCACCUGAACAAGUACCUGCUGUACCACAAGCCCACCAAGGUGCUGUCCCCAGAGUACCUGUGA